AUGUCCUCGAUGUCACGCAAGAUCGGCGGCUCUCAAGUCAGCGCGAUCGGCUUUGGCGCGAUGAGCGUCGCCGGUCUCUAUUCCCAGGCUCUGUCCGACGAGGACAAGAUGAAUCUUUUGGACGCGGUGCACGCGAACGGAUGCAACUUUUGGGAUACCGCCGAUGCGUAUGGCGACAGCGAGGUGGUCCUCGGUAAAUGGUUCAAGAGGACGGGAAAGAGAGACGAUGUCUUCCUCGCUACGAAGUUCGGCGCAGCGGCUGGCAUCCCGGGGCGCAUGGUCUGCGGCGACCCCGAGUACGUCCCGAAGGCGAUCGACAAGUCUCUCGAGCGGCUCGGGGUAGACUACAUAGACCUCUGGUACCUCCACCGGGCCGACUCCACCGUGCCGAUCGAGCUCACUGUCGGCGCUAUGGCCGAACAAGUCAAGGCUGGAAAGGUCAAGUACCUCGGCCUGUCGGAGAUCUCGGCGGCAACCUUGCGUCGAGCACACGCCGUGCACCCCAUCGCCGCCGUCCAGGUCGAGUACUCGCCGUUCACGCUUGACAUCGAGGACGAGAAGAUCGGGCUACUCAAGGCCGCCCGCGAGCUCGGCGUCGCCGUGGUCGCGUACUCGCCCCUCGGCCGUGGGCUUCUAACAGGCAGAUUCCGGUCCCCGGACGAUUUACCGAAGGACGACCCGCGGCACAUCUUCCCGCGGUUCUCCGCGGAGAACUUCCCGAACAUCUUGAAGGUUGUUGACGGCGUGCAGGCAAUCGCGACGAAGUACGGUGCCACUCCGGGCCAGGUCACGCUCGCCUGGCUCCGCGCACAAGGCGACGACAUCAUCCCGAUUCCGGGGACUACCCGCAUUGCCAACCUGAAAGAGAACACGGAGAGCCUUAAGGUGCAACUCUCCCAGGACGAUGUGGAUGAGAUCCGGAAGCUGGCAGUCGCGGCGGACAAGACCCUCGCGCCCAGGUACCCGGCGAAGUGGCUGGCCCUCCUGUAUGCGGACACGCCUGCCCUCGCCUAG